AUGUUUCAUACCACGCAGCUCGCGUCUUUAGCUACGGGCUCGGUCGCCUUCCUCCUGGCGGCCGCCGACAGUCUUCCUGCGCUUAAAAGUAUCGCCGAUCGCAUCUCCUGCAGAUCACAGUUGGAUGAACCGACAUUGGCCAAGACAGUAUACCGCGAUGAGGACGGUGAGGCCAGCGAGGAAUCCCUCCAGGCCUUCUCGGACAAAUGGCCGCGAGUCGCCAUUGCGCUUUUCUCGGCCACCGGGUUGUUCGUGACUCUGACACUGGCUGUUUGUACGACAUUGAAGUAUAGCGCUGGCAACGCGAUUCUCGACUGGCUGCAGUUCGGGGUUUGGUUUUUACUCCUCAUUCAAGCCAUCGCGUUGUUCACCGAACCACGGCCAACCAAGCGAUUUACCUUAGGCCAAUUCUCGUUUGGAGGCAGCAUUAUCGCCAUCGCCGUUACAGGAGUCCAGAUCCGUCUGGCCUGGCUUUCGCAAAAUCCCCUUCUUCAAGACCAGAUCUGGAUUGGCCUUGUUGCCACUCAGUUCUCCAGCGCCCUUCUUCGAGCUUUGUUCAGUGUUCUUCUGCCACGCCGACCAGAUGUCUUUCUCAAUGGGAGACCAGUCGAUCAAGAGCGCACGGUUUCGGCAUUUGGCCGCUACACGUUCUCCUGGGCUAGUAGCCUUCUUAAAUAUGCCGUGAAGAACAGGACAUUGAACCUCACCGACCUUCCAGUCCUCCGGUCCGCAAGGCGCGCAGACAAUCUUCGUACGAAGUUUGAAGAAGCUUUUGGUUCACGCAAAAUUUGGAAAACUCUUGUGAUGGUUCACUGGCGUUCUCUGCUACUUCAGCUCGUUCUGACAAUUACUAUCGGAAUCUUGAGUUUCGGCCCGCAGAUGGCGCUUUUCAAGAUCCUGAGCGUUCUGGAAGCACGCGGAAAUGAGACUUGGCAGCCUUGGCAAGCAUUGAUCUGGGUCCUCGCUUUAGGAGGCCUGAUGCUGCUACAUUCAACGAUUGAAGCCUGGCUGUUAUGGUCAGUAUGGUCCAAGCUUUUUGUCCCCAUUUAUGCACAACUCUCGGCCGUUAUCUUCGCCAAAUCCAUGCGUCGCAAGGAUGCCAAGUACGUUAAAAAGGCGAAGAAUGAAAACGGUACGAAGGCUCCAGCAAAGGAUCUGCUGAACCAUCACGGCGAGGAAGGUGAGGAUGACGAAGAAUUCGUGAAAAAGAGCCGACAAAGUAUCAUCAAUUUGGCUGCUGUGGAUGCACGACGUGUCUCAGAUUUUACAUCUUUCACAUUUGUCAUUCCGUUGGCAAUAUUCAAGGUUAUCCUUGGCUGUCUCUUCCUGAUCAAGAUUCUGGGAUGGCAAAGUGCUUUUGCUGGUCUCGGCGUCUCCGCGCUUGUGCUUCCUUUAAACAUGUACGCAGCAAAACGAUACACAAACGCCCAAGACAAGCUCAUGAAGUUCAGAGAUGCCAAAAUGGCCAUUGUCACAGAGGUGCUUCAGGGUAUCCGCCAAAUAAAAUUCUCAGCUCUAGAAGAGCAAUGGCAAAAUAAAAUUGGAAAGGCGCGAGACACUGAACUCGCCGCUUUGUGGAUCUCGUUUCUUUAUGAUGUCGUGCUCAUGGCAAUCUGGAUUCUCGGCCCCCUUGGUCUUUCUGCAGUUUCAUUGACGGUGUACGCCUUGAUGCAUGGUGGAAUAUCCGCAUCGGUCGCCUUUACAGCAAUGUCGGUCUUUGGUGCCCUUGAGAUGUCGCUUGCCGUUCUACCCGAGAUGAUAUCGAAUGGCCUGGAGGCAAAAGUGAGCGCGGAUCGAAUCGACGCGUACAUGGCAUCCGCGGAGAAGAUCGUCAACACUGUUCUCUCUGAUAAUAUUGAAUUUGAAAACGCGACAGUUGCAUGGCCAGCUGAAAAUGAGCCGGGUACAGGGGACGACGAAGACCGAUUUACUCUACGUGAUAUGAACCUAAAAUUCCCGAAUAAGGGAUUGAGUGUUGUGUCUGGUCGGACGGGGUCAGGAAAGAGUCUGCUUCUGGCCUCUAUCUUGGGGGAAUGUGAUGUCCUGGAGGGCACACUCAAAGUACCUGUCCCUCCGCCUAUCAAGGACCGCUUCGACCACCUGGCGACAGGCGCAAACUGGAUUAUCGACUCGGCUUUUGCGUAUGUCGCGCAGAUCCCGUGGAUUGAAAAUGCUACCAUCAAAGACAACAUUCUAUUCGGCCUACCUUAUAACGAAACUCGCUAUAAAAAGGUUCUAUUUGUGUGUGCAUUGACAAAAGACCUCGAGAUGCUGCCAGAUGGCGAACUAACGGACAUCGGCGCCAAUGGUGUCAAUUUGAGUGGUGGCCAGAAGUGGCGAGUUUCAUUUGCCCGAGCAUUGUAUUCGAGAGCCGGUGUUCUUAUCAUGGACGACAUUUUUAGUGCCUUGGAUGCCCACACUGGCCGUCAUGUCUACGAGCAUGCUUUGACCGGCGAGCUUGGACAGGGGCGAACUCGAAUUCUGGUUACACAUCAUGUCGCCCUCUGCCUUCCUCGGACUGAUUAUUCCGUGUUGCUGGAGAAUGGAUGCGUCAGAUUCGCGGGUACCAUUGACGAGCUCCAAAAGGGGAACCACCUGGAAGAUAUCUUGCGAGAAGAAAACGCCGCUGAGCAACAAAGUCACAUCGCGGGAGAACCGGAUGAUCUUCUAAAUGCCGAGGAGACAAAUCUUAAGGUCAUCUCGAAUAAAUCACGCCGGCGGUCGAGCACAGUGCACAACGAUACCACCCCUAAAAUCGCAGCGCCCAAGAAGUUCGUCGAGGACGAGAAACGAGAAGUGGGAUCUAUUUCACUCUCGGUUUACAAAUCCUAUCUGUCAAUGGGAGGUGGUUUGCCCUUUUGGCUAGUGACAGUUCUAAUAUAUCUCAUAUUUUCCACCUUGAUGAUUGGGCGGGCCUGGUGGGUGAAUAUCUGGACAAGCUCAUCCUCCAGCACCCAGUCGCAUCCAGAACAGCUCCAAACUUUGUUUGUGCAGACAGUUGAGCGAUCUAUUCCCGAAACACAAGACCAGGAUCUCGCGAUGUACCUUGGUGUCUAUAUCGGUAUAUCCGUUAUUUCCUGCAUCAUCGGAACUGCGCGGUUCUAUAUCGUUCUGUCGGCAAGCGUGCGCGCAUCCAGGAACCUCUUCAGCCGCUUGACAUACGCCGUGCUUCGCGCUCCUCUGCGAUGGCUGGAUACCGUUCCCCUUGGCCGAAUCCUUAACAGAUUCACGGCAGACUUCCAUAUGAUCGACUCGCGCAUCGGGUACGACCUUGCAUUCUUUGUUUCUCAGGCCCUCCAGGUCUGCAGUAUCAUGGUGGCAGGCAUCCUCGUUUCUCCACUGGCGAUUGUCUUUGCGUUAAUCCUGGUUAUCAUUUGUCUCAAGCUAUCUUUGACCUACCUGGCGGGUGCGCGCGAAAUAAAACGUCUGGAGAGCACCGCCAAGAGUCCUAUAUUCGAGCAGUUCGGAUCCAGCUUGGCUGGUUUGAUUACGAUCCGAGCCUUUACCAAGAGCGAAGCGUUUAUCGAGAUAAUAUACGGCAAGAUCAAUGCCCACGCCCAGGCCUGGUGGACUAUGUGGCUGCUCAACCGCUGGCUAGGUAUCCGUAUGAACCUUGUCGCGGCGAUCUUUACGACACUUACAGCGUCGCUCGUCGUCUUCAUGCCCGGUAUCUCAGCUUCACUGGCAGGCUUCGCCCUCAGCUUUGCCCUUCAGUGCAACACCACUAUCGCAUUGGCGCUGCGCCAGUACGCCAACGUCGAGCUCAAUAUGAAUGCCACGGAGCGUGUCAUUGAGUAUUCCAAGAUUGAGCUCGAGAACCAAGGCGGGGCUGAUGCCCCUGCUGCUUGGCCUACGGAGGGUCGUCUGGAGGUCAGUGAUCUGGUUGUGGGAUACGCACCGGAUCUUCCUCCAGUGCUGAAGGGCCUCAGCUUCAGCGUCGAGCAGAACCAGCGAGUCGGGGUGGUGGGACGAACUGGCGCGGGCAAAUCAUCUUUGACUCUUGCACUGUUCCGAUUCCUAGAAGCUCGUCAAGGUCAAAUUUUGGUCGACGGCUUGGACGUAUCCAAGAUCAAACUGCAUGACUUGCGUAGUCGGCUAGCGAUUAUCCCGCAAGAUCCCGUUCUGUUUUCCGGCACUGUGCGAUCGAACCUGGAUCCGUUCGAGCAUUACACAGAUACCGAGCUGAAUGAUGCGCUGACACGAGUGCAUUUGACGAGUGCAGCUGAGGAUGAUGAGGCAACUCUCACUUCACAGACCGCUACACCAAGACAGGGUAACGGCACAGCGACGCCCGACACGGCCACGAUGCAGCAAGCCAACACGAACAUCUUCUCGUCCCUGGCAGCGCCCAUAUCCGAGGGUGGUCUCAACCUCUCUCAGGGUCAACGCCAACUCCUUUGCCUUGCUCGUGCCAUUGUCACCCGGCCCAAGAUCAUGGUUCUGGAUGAGGCAACAUCUGCUGUGGACAUGGAGACUGAUACGCUGAUCCAGCGGUCCAUUCGUGCCGAGUUUGGCCGUAAUGCAACCACGCUGCUUGUUAUUGCCCACCGCCUCAGCACCAUUGCUGACUUCGACCGCAUCUUGGUGAUGGAUGCCGGCAAGGCGGUUGAGUUUGGAGAACCGAAGGAUCUGAUGAGCAUCAAGGACGGUGUGUUCAAGAAUCUGGUCGACAACAGCGGCGAAAAGGCCAUGGUGGAAAACAUGAUUUUCGGAGAGGAGUGA